GUUUGCUUUUUUCGCUUUACGUUGGUAGCCAUAUCUGUCAUUCGUCAUUCGUAUAAUUGUCAUUUGCAAGUGACAGAACUAAGUACAAAAGUAACAAUGGACUUAACAAAACCUGAAAAAAGGAGGAAAACAUUUGAACAAGAGAGGAAACUUCUAAUUAUCUACGACGACCGAAUCUACGAUGAGCCCCCACAUUCCCCAAUAAGCGAAGCCCUCAAGUUCAGGCAAAUAUCAGUUCUCAAAAAGCACGAAAACAAUACAGUAUUGCUUCGUGUACCAGAAGAAAAACUCACCGACUGGGUCCUAAAGCUAGUUUUCUCAACAACCAAACACGGAGGUAAAGUCGUUGCCGCUUGUAUAGAAAAAAGUGUGGAUGAUGUUGUAUUUAAUCUAAAACUGGCGGGUUUUGUUAAUGUGGAAGUGAAGACAACAAGCUCGGGCACAAAUGUGUUUGGUUUUAAACCAACAUAUGAGAUUGGAAUUUGCACUGGACUACGGAAACGCAAACAUAGAGACUUGAUAAAUCUUGCGAACCAAGAGUUUGAUCAAGUAUCUGAUCCAGAUGAUUUGCUUGAUGAGAAAGAUUUUAAGAAGCCUGAAUCAGCGGCACUGCAGUGUGGCACCACUGAAAAGCGUAAAGGUUGGAAGAGGUACGUUUAUGGGCCUGCUGAAGAGGUGACAAAGGAAGUGCAGAAAUUACCCCUUGGGAUGAGGUCAUCAUGUGGAAAUGUUAGGGCGGAAAGGGAGUAUUGGGCGUGGCCGGCUUGGCGCGACGAACCUCCCCCGGCUCACAUGGGUAAUACUUGACGUGAGAUUUUUUGGGGCAAAGCCAACUUUACGCCAAGAUGGCUCUCGCCAAAGUGUCCCUGGGCCAAGUUUACCCGGCACUCCCUGCGCCAAGUUAGACCGUUGUUUUCUGGGGGAUGCAUUUCGGUGCGCUGGUUGUCCUCACAGGGGGUUGCCAGGUUAUAAGCCUGGCAAAAAUAUUCCGUUGGUUGGUUUUCAACUAAAGGCAGAUAUUUAGAUAAGUUGGAUACUGGUUUACUUUGUGUAUUUUGUUUAUUAAAUUUGUAAUCAUGUGGA